AAAAAAAAGAAGAAAAAUUUGAACGACGUCGCGGCAUUAAAACCCUUCGAGCACGCUCAAAAUGGCGGAACCCCAGAUAUUCAGCGGCCGAAGCUGUUUCAUUCCUAGGUGAAGAUUCCAGAGGCAGUUUCCAGUAAAUCGGCAUCUGCUUCUUCUUCUUCAUUUUCUCCUCCUACGUCUUCUUCAACAGAUCCGAUCUAGGUUUUUUACUUUUUAUUUUUAUUUUUCUUCUUGCUCGCUUUUAAGCGAACAAUAAAAUGGCAUUCUCAGUAUCAACUCCUGAUAUUUUGGGUGAGCGACAAUACGGUCAGGACGUUCGCACUCAAAAUGUUGUGGCCUGUCAAUCUGUUGCUAACAUAGUCAAAACCUCACUUGGUCCCGUUGGCCUCGACAAGAUGCUAGUAGAUGAUAUUGGUGAUGUGACUAUUACUAACGAUGGAGCAACCAUACUCAAGAUGUUAGAAGUUGAGCACCCUGCUGCCAAGGUGCUUGUGGAAUUGGCUGAGCUCCAAGACCGAGAAGUUGGGGAUGGGACUACUUCAGUGGUCAUUGUAGCUGCAGAGUUACUUAAGAGAGCGAAUGAUUUAGUGAGGAAUAAGAUUCAUCCAACAUCUAUAAUCAGCGGUUACAGACUUGCUAUGAGGGAAGCAUGUAAAUAUGUUGAGGAAAAGUUAGCUGUGAAGGUUGAGAAGCUUGGGAAAGAUUCUCUAGUAAACUGUGCCAAGACAAGCAUGUCAUCAAAAUUGAUAGCUGGGGACAGUGACUUCUUUGCAAAUUUGGUGGUCGAUGCAGUUCAAGCUGUAAAAAUGACCAAUGCAAGGGGAGAAAUUAGGUAUCCAAUCAAGGGUAUUAAUAUUUUAAAAGCUCAUGGAAAGAGUGCAAGAGAAAGCUAUCUGUUGAAUGGUUAUGCUCUAAAUACAGGCCGUGCCGCACAAGGAAUGCCUGUGAGAGUUGCUCCUGCAAGGAUUGCUUGUCUUGACUUUAAUCUUCAGAAGACAAAAAUGCAAAUGGGCGUGCAAGUCUUAGUCUCUGAUCCUAGGGAGCUUGAAAAAAUUCGUCAAAGGGAAGCUGAUAUGACAAAAGAACGCAUAGAGAAAAUUCUAAAAGCUGGAGCCAAUGUUAUUCUGACUACAAAAGGGAUUGAUGACAUGGCAUUAAAGUACUUUGUUGGGGCUGGGGCUAUCGCUGUAAGGCGAGUCCGGAAAGAGGAUAUGCGACAUGUUGCCAAGGCUACUGGUGCAACUAUGGUUUCAACUUUUGCUGAUAUGGAAGGGGAGGAGACAUUUGAAUCAUCAUUUCUUGGAGUUGCAGAUGAAGUUGUGGAAGAACGCAUUGCAGAUGAUGAUGUUGUUAUGAUUAAAGGGACCAAAAAUACAAGCGCUGUUUCCUUGAUCCUGAGAGGUGCAAAUGAUUUUAUGCUUGAUGAGAUGGACAGAGCUUUACAUGAUGCUUUAUCUAUUGUGAAGAGGACCCUAGAAUCAAACACGGUGGUUGCAGGUGGAGGUGCAGUUGAGUCAGCAUUAUCUGUGUAUUUGGAAUACCUUGCUACAACUUUAGGAUCCCGUGAGCAGUUGGCAAUUGCUGAGUUCGCUGAAUCAUUGUUAAUAAUACCAAAGGUGCUAGCUGUCAAUGCAGCUAAGGAUGCAACUGAGCUGGUUGCAAAAUUGAGGGCAUACCACCACACAGCACAAAUGAAGGCUGAUAAGAAGCAUUUAUCUAGCAUGGGAUUGGACCUUGUGAAGGGAACCGUCCGUAACAACUUAGAAGCAGGAGUCAUUGAGCCUGCAAUGAGCAAAGUGAAGAUAAUUCAGUUUGCAACUGAAGCCGCUAUAACAAUUCUUCGAAUUGAUGACAUGAUCAAGCUUGUCAAAGAUGAAAGCCAGGGAGAGGAGUAGGGUUGUAACUGAAUUUUAACCCUUUGUUUUUCUUUCCUAGUAUAGGGUGGGAAUUGUGGGUGCACGAGAGGGAGGUCUUAUGGUUGAGUUUUGCUGUAUGAUUUUGGAAACAUAAAAAACGGCUUACUCAAUGUUAGCAAACUGAAGUUAUUGUUCACUUCUUUAGAACUGUAUGGUUUUGCAAUUAGGAGAGUGGGAAUGGUUGUGGAAUUGAAAAGAACUUGAAUUAUUUGCUUAUGGGACUUCCCCUGUAACACUCAAAUAGACAUGUUUGUUUUCUGUAA